GCGGGGCCACAGGAGGCCCCGCCCCUUUCGUCACCACACGGGGCCCCGCCCCUCGCGGCGCCUCCCUGGCGGCCGGCAGGGAGCCGGAGUCUGCGCGGGCGCCGAUUCGGGCACGGACUGUGGGGACAGGAAGCCGUGCUGAGCAGGCUCGAGGACUGGUGCUUGGAAAUGAGGGUACCCAGGGGAGAUGCACACGAGGUAGGCCUGCUGACCCGUCCAUGAGGCGGGCCCCCUGCCUGGGCCUGGGCCCCUGGCUGGGCAUGCGCCUGACGGUGCGGAAGGUGUUGCUGGCUGCUGGCUGCGCACUGGCCCUGGUGCUGGCUCUGCAACUUGGGCAGCAAGUGUUGGAGUGCCGGGCGGUGCUCGGGGGCGUGCGGAACCCACGGAGGAUGCGCCCGGAGCAGGAGGAACUGGUGAUGCUUGGGGCCGACCAGGUGGAAUACCGCUAUGGCAAGGCCAUGCCGCUCAUCUUUGUGGGUGGCGUGCCUCGCAGCGGCACCACCCUCAUGCGCGCCAUGCUGGACGCGCACCCUGAGGUGCGCUGCGGAGAGGAGACGCGCAUCAUCCCCCGUGUGCUGGCCAUGCGGCAGGCCUGGUCCAAGUCUGGCCGGGAGAAGCUGCGGCUGGACGAGGCGGGUGUGACGGACGAGGUGCUGGAUGCCGCCAUGCAGGCCUUCAUCCUGGAGGUGAUUGCCAAGCACGGGGAGCCGGCGCGCGUGCUGUGUAACAAGGACCCGUUCACACUCAAGUCCUCCGUCUACCUGGCACGCCUGUUCCCCAACUCCAAGUUUCUGCUAAUGGUGCGUGACGGCCGGGCCUCCGUGCACUCGAUGAUCACUCGCAAGGUCACCAUUGCAGGCUUUGACCUCAGUAGCUACCGAGACUGUCUUACCAAGUGGAACAAGGCCAUCGAGGUGAUGUACGCACAGUGCCUGGAGGUGGGCAGGGACAAAUGCCUGCCCGUGUACUACGAGCAGUUGGUGCUGCACCCCCGGCGCUCACUCAAGCGCAUCCUGGACUUCCUGGGCAUCCCCUGGAGUGACACUGUCCUGCACCACGAGGACCUCAUUGGCAAGCCUGGGGGCGUCUCCUUGUCCAAGAUCGAGCGGUCCACAGACCAGGUCAUCAAACCCGUGAACUUGGAAGCACUCUCCAAGUGGACCGGCCACAUCCCUGGGGACGUGGUGAGGGAUAUGGCUCAGAUUGCCCCCAUGCUGGCUCGGCUUGGCUAUGACCCGUAUGCAAACCCGCCCAACUAUGGGAACCCUGACCCGAUUGUCAUCAACAACACACACCGGGUCUUGAAAGGAGACUAUAAAACGCCAGCCAAUCUAAAAGGAUAUUUUCAGGUGAACCAGAAUAGCACCUCCCCGCACCUGGGAAGCUCGUGAUUUCCAGUCUCUGCAGGGCUCAGAUGUCUGAGUCUCCACCGUUGUAUGUAUUCGGAAGUCGGACUAACCCGAGCGCAUUCUUCUCAUUUGUGCCGUGGCCGCAGAGGCGGAGCAUUCGUCUCGGUGGAAAUGGACUUGGAGACUCUGCCUUCGGAUGCUCCAGGGUGGACAUCAAGGAGGGGACUACCUUCAGCUUCAGAAACUUAGGAAUUUUCUAUUUUUUUCUCCUCGAGAACUUUUUUUUAAAGAAUUGAAUUUGCUAUCUUCCCUAAGGGACAGGCUCCUUUGGUGGCCUCAUUUCCUGGGACAAGACCUGUGACCCGUUCCUCUCCUUGACUUGGACUCUGAACUCAAAGGAUCUAUUUAAGAGUUUAAUAUAUGGGCUUUCCUCCACCCUUGAGUCCUACUCACUUUCACAGAGAAAAGAAAUGAAUAAAGUAAAGAGGCUGC